AGGAAUCUGAAGGAGAAACUCCGGAUGUAGGUAAUAAAUUCAUUAUUUUAAUAGUUUAAGUGAGAUGAACAGAUUUGAACAAAAAUGUAUAUUUAUCAUAUUGAUUUGUGCCAUAUGAAAUGUAUGUGAGGAUGAAAUUUCUUCAUUAUUUUGGACCAUUUAAUGAAUCUCUAAAAAACUUCAAAAUCACUUUGCAUGGAGCCUAAAGAUAAGACUGAAAUUUCUGUUUUAUUAGUUGUAAAUGACAUAUUUGUAAGUAUUUAAAUGCACUAAUACGUUUUUGUUUGACAUGAAAAAAUUUACAUGUCUUUUUUUUAUGCAGAGUUAUCUGAACAUGAAAGUGCAGUUGAUGAAAAUGCGGAUCAAGAGGUAACAAUUUUUUGUAUAUUCACUAUUUUGGCAAUUUUUCAUUUGUAUUUCUGGUAGUUGUAAAUGUCCCCUCUUCCAUUUCCAGCAGAGAAGAGGUUCUUGCUAUUUGUUCAUCAUUAAAUUUAAAAAUCUCUUUAACCCGGUUAAAUCUUAUUUGUUGCUGUACAUACAAAAAUUCUUGCAAUAUUGCAUUGAGGGCCAAUGAAUUGUUGGCUUUCUUUUUAGCAGUUAUAUUUUCUGUCCCGCUGAGUACAUAGUUCUGCAAUAUUUAUACCUUUUCUGCCUGCAAAGUCAAAUACUUUAAUAUGAACAUUUAUUGUAUUGCAUACCAAUCAACACUUCAAAUGAUGAUGAAUCUUUUUAACUCUGUUUUUUUUUAAUCAGGAUGAAACAGAAGAGGGAAGUGAAACCGAAACUGAAGAAGGUUCAGAAACAGAAUCUGAGAGUGGCUCAGAGACAGAAACAGAAGGUGGUGAAGGGUACUCGGAUGAGGAAGGACUAGAGGAGGAACGUCAAAGUGGGGAUGGAGAGGUGAGCGAGCUUAAUUAUAUUAUUAUAUAGUCUCAAGGCUUUGCUGUUAAAGAGAUAUUUUAAACAAUACUGUUUUCAGGAUUCCAGAAUAAACAGCAAGUAAAGUAAGAAAUGCAAUUUUGAUGCUUAAUCUUUAUAAUAUUAGCCCAGUUUCUUGUGCUUCCAACUGCAUUCAGUACCGUUACACAUUUAAGUGCGUUGUCUGUGCUAAAUUAAUUUGGAAACAUUGAUGUACAUUUUCAAGCAGAAUUUUGGGUAAUCACAUUUUGCUGAAAUUCAUUCGACAUGACUUCCCAUGUAAGUGUUAAAAUAUUCUUAGAUUGUUCAUAUGUUAACAAAUCAAGAUAACAUUAUCUUAUUGCCAGGAGCAGCCAAACAGUGAUAAGCCUGAUGAUGAUGAAGAUAAAAAGAAUCCAGCAUAUGUGCCUCGUAAAGGUGCCUUUUAUGAACAUGAUUUUCGACAGGGUGAUGAAGGCCCAGAGGGUGUAGAGGAAAAGGAUGAUUCCAAGUAUGUUUCUAUUUAGCUAGCCUUUUGUUUGCAACAUAAAAAUGACUGCUUACUGCAAAAUAUAUUAUUUUUACUAUUGUGCCAAGAGUAAUCAUUAUUUUCAUACUUACUGAUCAGAAAUAGUAGAAUACUUUUACAUAGCUUAUGUAAAUUAACAUUAAAGAAUUAAAUCAAAGAAUUGUUUAAUAAUGUAUUAAUGUAACACUUAAGACAACCAGUUAUGAAUGCAGUUCACUUUAUUUUAAGUAAUUAUAGUACCAACCAAAUUUAUUUCUGAACCUGUCUAUGGUACAUAGUUAUUUUUGGCUGUAAACAAAUUGGUAAAAUUUGUGAACAGGUUAAAUUUAAUUAAGUAAAAAUCCAUGUAAAAGUUGUUGUUGUCUAAGGAGCAAUUUCAAAGUAUUAAAAAAAAAAAAAAUUAAAAUAAUAUAAAUUUUUCAAUCAAUAAAACACAAUCCUAUUGUUCCUUACAGACCUAAGAAAAAAUUAUGGCAGGAUGAAGGUAAAUGGUCACAUGAUAGAUACAGUGAUGACCUGCAGGCACCCAAGUCACGAGAGGAGCUCAUUGCCAUUUAUGGGUAUGACAUUCGAGCUGCUGACAAGCCUCCUGAAGCUGCUCCUAAGAGACCUAGCAGGUAAGUUGUAUUGAAUAAUUUAAUGGGAUGAUUUGCAAAUAUUGCUUGUGGUUGAAUGGAAAUUCAUAUCUCAAGUUUUAUGAUUUAAAAAAUGAUAUAUUAAAAUAUGUCAGAUCGGUUAUUGGUGUAAGCUAAAUUGAAAGGAGAAAUUUAUAUAAAGGGUUUUUUUUUCAAAUGAUGAGAUAACCUCUGGCACACACUUUAAAGAGAUUAUUAAAUAUGCCUUAUCUUUACUGACAAUAGUAGUUACCUUAGUACUUAGUAUAGUACACAUCUAAAAAAAAAAAUUAUUUUUUGCACUAUCAUUCAGAGAGAAAGGUCCAAGAAAGCACAGAAUUCAAGACUUCAUUCCUCAGAUGGCUGUUAUAGAUACAACUGAGGAUGGAUCAGAUUCAGUACCCAACUUAGGAGAUGAAGAGUUGAUUCUCUACGAUGGACCACCAUCCAGAAAUGCAAACAGAAGCCAUGUGCGCAACACUGAUAGCAGGAGGGGUGGAAGGGGAAGGACAAGGGUGAAUGUUGCGGGUGAGGUCGAGAAUUACAACAACCGGAAUCGUGAAGACGCCAAUCAGUAUAAGAAUGAAAAAAAUUCUACGGACAAUAGGAUAUCUUCAGACAAUAGUAAGCCUGAAGAAAUACAAUCAGCGGAGGAAUUCCCUAGUCUUGAAGACACAGAAAAGACAAUAAAGCAAAGAGAGAAUCAAGGAGGGAAGAGAACAGAUAAUUAUGAAAAACUGAAGAGUGAUACAACAAAAUUUUUGGUUGAAAAAAGCCCUAAAACGUAUCCAACAGAAAGAGAUGGCAAUCAAAGAAAGGACUACCGAGAUAACAGGGGUGGGAAAAUCCAGCAAAGCCAAGAUGCACGACGACAAGAUGAUGUUCGAGAAAAUAAUAGAUAUCAACAAGGAUACAGAGAUGAAAGAAAAGAUGUA